AUGGCUCCCACGGCUGCCAAGAAGAAGAUUGCCAUCAUGACCUCGGGAGGUGACUCCCCAGGCAUGAACGGCGUAGUCCGCGCCGUAGUCCGAACCGCCCUCCACAUGGGAUGCGAACCCUACUGCAUCUACGACGGAUACGAAGGCUUGGUAGUAGGCGGGGACCAGAUCAAAAAGGCAGAAUGGGGUGAUGUGCGCAACUACCUUGGCCAAGGCGGUACUCUGAUUGGAACCCGCCGCUGCAUGGCCUUUUACGAACGACCCGGCCGUUUGACUGCUGCCAAGAACAUGAUUCUCAACGGAAUUGAUGCCCUGAUCAUUUGCGGUGGUGACGGUUCCCUCACUGGUGCUGACAAGUUCCGCGCCGAAUGGCCUUCUCUGAUCGAGGAGCUUGUUUCCUCCGGCCAGCUCAAGAAGGAGCAGGUUGACCCUUACAGACACCUCAACAUUGUCGGUUUGGUUGGAUCCAUUGACAAUGACAUGUCGGGCACCGAUGCCACCAUUGGAUGUUACUCUGCCCUCGAGCGCAUUUGCGAAAUGGUCGAUUACAUUGAAGCCACGGCCUCGUCCCACUCAAGAGCCUUCGUUAUCGAGGUCAUGGGUCGCCACUGUGGCUGGCUGGCUCUCAUGGCCGGUGUUGCGACAGGCGCCGACUUUAUCUUCAUUCCUGAGAAGCCUAGGGAGGAGAACUGGGAGGAGGAAAUGUGUGAUAUUGUGAAGAGGCACCGAAGCUUUGGAAAGCGCAAGACCAUUGUCAUCAUUGCCGAGGGCGCCAACGACAGCAAUGGCAAGAAGAUCACAUCCGAUAUGGUCAAGGACCUGCUCGCAGACAAGAACGGACUCGCUCUGGACACUCGAAUCACAACACUCGGUCACGUCCAGCGUGGCGGUACCGCCGUUGCCUACGACAGAAUGCUGGCUACCCUCCAGGGUGUGGAGGCCGUCAAGGCUGUUCUGGAGGCUACCCCCGAGACCGAGACCUGCUUUAUUGCCAUCAACGAAAACCAGAUCUGCCGCAAGCCAUUGAUGCAGGCUGUCAAGGAUACCAAAGAGGUCGCAAAGGCAGUUGACGAGAAGCAAUUUGAAAAGGCAAUGGGUCUCCGUGACACUGAGUUCGCCGAGAUGUUCAGCUCUUACAUGAUGACCACAAACGUCAGAGUGGAUGACCACCAUCUGCCGGAGAAGGAGAGAAUGAAGAUUGGCUUCAUCAACGUUGGCGCCCCUGCUGGUGGUAUGAACGCUGCUGUGCGCGCUGGUGUUGCUUACUGUCUUUCGCGCGGCCAUGAACCCGUCGCCAUCCACAAUGGCUUUGCCGGAUUCGCUAGGCAUCAUGGCGAUAAGCCCGUCGGAGCCGUGCGACCUUUCGACUGGCUGGAGGUUGACAGCUGGGCCAGCAAGGGAGGAUCGGAAAUCGGUACCAACCGAGAACUUCCUGCGGAGUCAGGCAUGGAGCUCAUCGCCAACCUGAUUGAAAAGUACGAGUUUGACGGACUUUUCCUCGUCGGUGGCUUCGAGGCUUACCACGCUGUUUCGCAACUGCGCAAGGCCAGAGAGCUUUACCCCUCUCUGUGCAUUCCCAUGGUCCUCUUGCCAGCUACGAUCUCCAACAACGUUCCUGGGUCAGAAUACUCACUCGGCUCUGACACUUGCCUGAACGAGCUUGUACAGUACUGCGACAAGAUCAAGCAGUCCGCUUCCGCCACGCGUCGUCGUGUAUUUGUUGUCGAGACGCAAGGUGGUAAGUCUGGAUAUAUCGCGACCCUUGCUGGCCUCAGUGUUGGCGCGAGCGCUGUUUACACACCAGAGGAGGGUAUGGACCUCGAAAUGUUGGCCGCAGACGUUCGCCAUCUCCGCGAGAUCUUCUCCAAGGAUAAGGGCCAGUCUUCAUCUGGACGCUUGAUCCUCAUCAAUGAGAAGGCUGACGAUGUGUUCAACGCCAAGCUCAUCGCAGACAUCAUCCGCAAGGAGGCGCGCGGCCGAUUCGAAUCUCGUGACAGCAUCCCCGGUCACGUCCAGCAGGGUGGCGUUCCCUCGCCCAUGGACAGAUGCCGUGCCGUCAGACUGGCAAUCAAGUGCAUGCAGCACCUCGAGGAGUUCCAGCCCAAGUCGCACAACAGGUGUAAGAGGGAUCCCAUGAGCGCCUCCGUCAUUGGUAUCAAGGGUGCCAGCGUCACAUUCACGCCCAUUUGGGAUCUCGAGGACCACGAGACGGACUGGAAGAACCGCCGGCCCAAGAACGUCCAUUGGGCGCACAUGGGCGAUGUGGUCAACAUGCUGUCCGGCAGACCUCUUCACCACACGCCGGAGAAGCCGAUUACCGGUCUCAAGGCAAAGGAUGUCAAGAGAGGCCUCGACGACUAA